AUGGUGAGUGCUCAGAGGUGUCCUCUGGGCUGGACCUUUCACGGUGGACACUGUUACACCCUCAGCACUGAGCACAAGGUCACAUGGAGUACAGCUAACAGGGCCUGCAGGGAGAGAUAUAAAGGAACUCUAGCAAGUGUUCGCUCUAAAACUGACAUGGACUGGCUAUGGGACUUCAGUGGAAGAAAACCAUUUUGGAUUGGCCUUAAUGAUCGCGACGGCCGAGGACGCUGGGAGUGGGCAGAGGGUGAGCCGGUCAGCUACACUAAUUGGAGAAAGAUGCCUCUUCGGUCCAAAAUAAGGGGAAGCAAAAAGUGCGUCCUGGUAUGGAAAAGAGCAAAAUGGCAAAUCAGGGACUGUAAGACGAGUAGAGGUCAUCACUUUGUGUGUUCAAUAAGAACAUGACUUCAACAGUGUAUGGAGCAUCACAGCCAUGAGCCACUGUGUUGUCUCAGGAGGAGGAAGGACUGAUCCUAAGGACAUUUACACUGUAAUACCAGACAACUUUCCGAUAAGGAUCAAAGGGAGCUUUGCUGAAAGUCUUCAUUUCAUUUAUAAUGAGCUUUCUGACUAUUAUUGUGUCUAAACAGUAACCUAUUUCACUAAGUGACUUUGUUUACACUGCAGUUAUACUAAUUAACCACUGAAAGUGUUGUUAUAAAUGUAAAGCCAACAUGUUCUCAUCCCAAGUCGUCACAUAUUGCUGCUUUGCAGUGGACUUCUGCAUCUAAA